AUGGGAGAAGAAAGGAACCUGGGAGUGUCCCAGAAAAUGCUAUCUCCAUCUCGGAGUACAAGCAGUUCCUCCUCAAAGUUUGGAAGCCGACAGGAUAGCUGGGAGAUUGUAGAAGGCCUUCGGGGGGAAGCAAUAACUGCACCCAGGAACCACAGAAACAAGAAGGCUUCCUGUUGAAGAGAAGGAAAUGGCCUCUCAAAGGCUGGCAUAAGAGGUAUUUCUACUUGGACAAAGGAAUUUUGAAGUAUGCAAAAGGGCCAAACGAAAUGGAGAAGGGAAAACUACAUGGCCGCAUUGAUGUUGGACUUUCUGUUAUGUCAGUUAAAAAAUCAACCAAAUGCAUUGAUUUGGAUACAGAGGAACAUAUAUACCACCUCAAGGUCAAAUCUCCAGAAGUGUUUGAGGAUUGGGUAGCAAAGCUCCGUGACCAUCGGUUGUUCCGUCAGAAUGAAAUAUCUGUUUUCCCACAUGAUCUGAGUUCUCAGUUCUUCCCUAUGCUGUCAACCACUGAAUCUGCAUCUAGCUUUGAUCCAAUUUCAUCUCCACAGGAAACUCACUUCACCAGACAGAAUUCACUGAAGCUGGCAGGCAGCCGAGUCCCAGCCUGGCUCCAGUCUAACGAUGAUAUGGAUAAAUGUGCUAAAGACCUUUCACAGUGUCAGGGUUAUUUGGUGGAAAUGAGUCAACUGCUGCAAAACAUGGAGGUUCUUCAUAGGACGUACUCUGCCCCUGCAAUAAAUGCCAUCCAGGCUGGUGCUCUUGAAAGUCCAAAAAAAGAAAAAGUAAACAAGAGGAAGUGGCGGACAAAAGGGAUAAACAAAGAUUCAAAAGGUUCUCUGCAGGUACCAACAACAAUUUCUGGGAAUGUAAGGUUACAUGCUUCCAAUCCUAAUUUAUCUACAAUAGAUUAUACAGAGGAAAAGCAAUACUCAAAUGGCUCUGACAAUUCCAAUUUCUCCAAGAUGCAGGAUGACUUGUGUCAUAUUGCACACAAAGCAUAUUUUACAUUAAAAUCUGCUUAUAGCACAGUCUUGGCUGAGCGAGAGAAACUAAAGCAGCUAUUCGAACAAGACUCUUCUCCAACUGCUCAGAUACUGGGCUUGAAGAAUGCCUUAUCAGUGGCAGUAAAACAAAAUGCUGAUCUUGCAGAACGCUUGCACAGAAUUCAUGCUGAUUCUUUGCUUCAUGAUACAGCUGCUAAUGCAAACAUCAGUCCAGCUGGUUGUCAGGAGGACGCACGUGAAGAGAGCAAGCCUCUAGUUCAUCAGAUGUCCAACGAGAGUCGCUUGUCCAUCACAGAUUCCCUUACAGAGUUCUAUGACGCUCAGGAAGUUCUGCUGUCAUCUAGCUCAUCUGAAAAUGAGGUAUCAGAUGAUGACUCGUAUGUCAGCGAUAUAAGUGAUAACAUAUCAGAGGAUAAUCUAAGCAAUGACAUUGAAAGACAAUCUCUAGGUACAGAUGGGGCUUCUGUGGUGGAUGGAUUUUCAAAGCAUCGAACAUGUCUUCCUGCUCCGUGCCCAAACACAAGUAAUAUCAGUCUGUGGAACAUUCUUCGGAACAACAUUGGAAAGGACUUGUCUAAAGUGUCUAUGCCAGUACAGCUGAAUGAGCCCCUUAACACUCUACAGCGGCUGUGUGAAGAGCUGGAAUAUAGUGAAUUGCUAGACAAAGCAUCUCACACUCAGGACCCAUUUGAAAGAAUGGUUUAUAUUGCCACAUUUGCAGUAUCUGCAUAUGCACCUAGUUUCUACAGGGCUGGUAGCAAGCCAUUUAAUCCUGUGCUUGGAGAGACUUAUGAAUGUAUAAGUGAAGAGAGAGGAUUCAGGUUCAUUGCUGAGCAGGUUAGCCACCACCCUCCUGUAUCUGCUUGCCAUGCUGAUUCUGACAAAUAUAUGUUAUACCAAGAUAUCCGGUGGAAAAAUAAAUUUUGGGGGAAAUCCAUGGAAAUUGUCCCAGUUGGUACGACACACUUGAUUUUACCUGGAUUUGGGGAUCAUUAUGAAUGGAACAAGGUGACCUCUUGCAUUCACAACAUCUUAAGCGGCCAGAGGUGGAUAGAACAUUAUGGAGAGAUAAUCAUCAAGAACAUGAAAAAUGACCAUUGUCAUUGCAAAGUCACUUUUAUAAAGGCAAAAUACUGGAACCCAAAUGUGCAUGAAAUCGAAGGGACAGUGAUGGACAGGGAUGGCAAAGUGGUACACCGAAUUUUUGGAAAAUGGCAUGAGAGCAUAUUUUGUGGAUCCCCCUCUUCACCAAUUUGCAUCUGGAGGACUAAUCCAAUGCCCAAGGAAUCAGAACUAUACUAUGGCUUUACAAAGUAUGCGCUACAGCUUAAUGAAUUUGAUCCAAAGACAAAGUCACUGCUACCUUGUACUGACACUAGAUUUAGACCAGACCAAAGAUUUCUUGAAGAAGGAAAUGUGGAAGCAGCAGAAGCACAAAAACAAAGGAUAGAACAACUGCAGAGAGAAAGGAGGAGAGUACUGGACGAGAACAGUUUGGAGCAUCAGCCUCGAUUCUUCAGGAAAUCAAGUGAUGAUUCAUGGGUAACGAAUGGCACUUAUUGGCAGCUAAGGAAAGAUCCUGGAUUCUCCAAAAUGGACUGUGCAGUCUUGUGGUGA